GGCCUGAUCUACCGCCCCCUCUCGCUAGGAUCGUUUGGUUGCCUGGGCUGCUCCCAAGAAGGCCAGCCAGCCCGGUGGCUGCCAUGCUCUGGCUAGGCCAGCUUUGCGCUUUGCACGCGCUUUGCCCCGGCGGGCAGCUCCAGGUUGCAAGCAGGAGCGCUGCGUUCAGGGAAGCGGCUACCAGCUGCCUCCAAGCGGCGGGGGCUGGAGCCGGGCUCCUAAGCGGCCAGGUGCAUCUCAGCCCGGCGGCCCAGAACCAGGGUCCGCGCAGGAGGCACUCAUGGGGCAGCCGCCGGCUCCACCGCCUCUCGAGCAUAUCGCCGCUGCAAAGCCCCGUUCGCUUCUUGUUCCCGGCGGCCGGGGCUGAUCCCCGCUCUAGAGAAAGCGAGCCGCUGCUGCUGCUGUUGUUGAUACGGCCUCCUAAACAGCUAGAAGGUGAGGCGGCCGGUCCCCUUCGGCUGCGCUCCGAGAUAACACUGCAAGCGACCGGGAGUAAGUUCUCCGCUGGUGGCGGCGGGGGAGAUAGUAGCAGCCUCGGAUCACGGAAGGAGACCAGUGGAUCUGCAGAAAACAAUCAUACACAUCCCAACCAGGAGAAUGGGAAGAAACCAAACAAAUCCCAGCAGCUGAAGAAAGUUUUUAAAGAAUAUGGAGCUGUAGGAGUUACAUUCCAUGUUGGGAUUUCUUUGGUAUCUCUGGGAAUGUUUUAUCUGGCUGUAUCAAGUGGAGUGGACAUGACUGCCAUCCUCUUCAAGUUGGGAUUUGAUGAAGCUCUUGUACAAUCCAAGUUAGCUGCCGGGACAAGUGCUUUCGUCUUGGCCUAUGCUAUCCACAAACUGUUUGCUCCAGUCCGAAUCAGCAUCACCUUAAUCUCUGUGCCGUUACUUGUCCGAUAUUUUCGGAAAAUAAGUUUCUUCAAACCUCCAGCUCCAAACCCAUGAUUAAAAUCCUUGGGAGAAAAAAGGCUGCCACGUCACUUCUUAAUAUAAACCUUUUUAAAAUA